AUGCCUGGCGUCGUCGAUGGGCGCUCGAGAAAGCGCCAUAUCCCAGGCGUUCUAAGAGAGGAUUCUGACGACGAGCUGGGAACAGAAGACCUUCCGUGGGAAUGGAUUUAUGCCAACGAGCCAGACACUGAGGAAAACAAUGGGAGGAAACGAAAACGAGCUACGUGGCAAGAUGGCCAGAUUAUUGGCGCUCGUAAUGGCAAUUUCGAGUGCUAUUUGGGAGACACGACGCUGCUGAAGGCCGAUAGCUCCAACGAAGCCUGGGUUGGCAUAAUAUGCGAGUUCCAGGAGGACGAGGAGGGCGAGAUGGCCGCCAACUUCAUGUGGUUCUCGUCGCCAAACGAGAUUCGCAGCGCAAAGAAGAGGACGGAUUAUGUGGAGCUCUACAUCACCACCUCGUUCGAUGUCAACGCCUUGUCGACCAUCAAUGGCAAGGCCCAUGUUAUGUCGCAGCAAGCCUUCGUGAACAAAUUCCCAACAGGCAAAGUGCCACGCAAAUCCAAGGAGUAUGGAAAAGUAUUUGUUUGCCGAAGGGGCUGCAACACCAGAACAUGCACCUACACCGAGGAGUUCAUCUGGGAGGAUAUCUACCACGGCAGGGAAGACCUCGAGGCUCUCCAGGAGCGGCUUCAGAAGGAGACCAAGGCAACUCGGAAAAAGAAGCCCGCGAAAGACGAAUCCCCCGAGCGAGACUACAAGUUUGAGGCCGACCCAGAAGCAGAUGGAGAAUAUGCCCCUGGCGUCUACCGCACCCCAAAGAAGGCUCGUACCAGGGACGCCGUCACCCCCAGCAGCCGGCACAAAAAGACAGGCAACAAACCGGCAACCCCCUCCUCCCACCGCCGCAUCGUCGUCAAAAAGCACCUUGAAUUCACACCCCUAGCCACCCGAGUCCUCUCUCCUAUGCACGUUCACGCCUCCCCAUAUCAGGUAGCCCGCACCCAGCUCCACGUCGCUUCAGUUCCCACCAGUCUACCAUGUCGCGAAUCCGAGUUCAGUCUCGUCUAUUCGCACCUCGAAGCUGCCAUCACCGACGGCUCUGGAACCUGCAUCUACAUCUCUGGUACUCCGGGUACAGGCAAAACCGCCACCGUGCGCGAGGUAGUUUCCCACCUCGAUGCCGCCGUUCGCGCCGACGAGCUCGAUGACUUUAUCUUUGUCGAGAUCAACGGCAUGAAAAUCACCGACCCCCAUCAAUCUUACGCCUUGCUGUGGGAAGCCCUCAAAGGCCAGCGCGUUUCCCCGGCCCAAGCCCUCGACCUUCUGGAGCGAGAAUUCAGCCACCCCUCCCCCCGUCGUGUGCCCUGCGUGGUGUUGAUGGACGAACUCGACCAGCUGGUGACCAAAAACCAGGGCGUCAUGUACAACUUUUUCAACUGGCCCGGCCUCCGCCACUCCAGGCUCAUCGUCCUGGCGGUAGCCAACACGAUGGACUUGCCCGAACGAACCCUCUCCAACAAAAUCAGCUCCCGUCUUGGUUUGACGCGUAUCACGUUCCCGGGGUACAACCACGAACAGCUCAUGCGUAUCGUCCAGUCUCGCCUGGAAGGUGUCCCAGGUGACAUCGUGGACCCGGAUGCAAUCCAAUUCGCGGCGAGGAAGGUAGCUGCCGUCAGCGGUGACGCCCGCCGGGCUCUGGAUAUCUGUCGACGAGCGGUCGAACUGGCGGAAGCAGACGCGAAAGUUAAUGACCUUUCCGACGAUGCCACGCCAAAUACGCCGACGAAAACCCCCGCGAGGAAGAAGGACGAAUCGCCCCAGAAAAAGAAGAAGAGUUCUGCUGGGAGGGUAACGAUCGAGACUGUGCGAAGAGCUAUCAACGAGGCCACUUCCAACCCGCUGCAGCAAUACCUCCGCUCUUUGCCCUUUGCCUCGAAACUUUUGUUGACGGCGCUGUGCUUACGGAUUCAGAGGACGGGGUUGGCGGAGAGUACGUUUGGGGAUGUGCUCGAGGAGAUGCAGCGGAUGCUCAAGCUGACGGUCAAUGAGUCUCGGCCGUUGAAGUUAUUGGAGAAAAGGGCUACAGGGCAGAAGGGGGAAGGGGCAGACGAUGGAACAGGGUUGAUGAUUACAAAGGCGAAGCAGACGGGGCAGUUGAUCAGACCGGCUGGGUUGGGUUCUGCUGCUGUUGAUCUUACCGGGGCCGGGAUUAUCAAUCUGGAAGGGCAGAGGCCGGAGAGGCCGAGCAAAAUGAGGCUGGCGGUGGGGGAUGAAGAGGUUAGGUUGGCGUUUAGGGAUGAUCCUGAGAUUAAAGGGGUGGGUGUGAUGCUUUAA